AUGAAUGCAGCAGAUGCCAAAAAAGGAAAAGCUGGCUUAGCUUUAAGAGUUUUUUCGCCUUGUCACACAACUGAUAUUCCAAGUACCAUUGCAUCAGCUGGUGGUAUCAUGGGAGCCAUUCUUGUGUGGUUAUUUGGAUCCAGCAGUUUAGAUUCAUGGGGUAUUGCAAGAAGAAUUGCAGUAAUCCGUAAUGGUAUUUGGGUGAUAAUUUUAAUGAUUUUAGAUUUCGUAGCUGAUGGUGUUUUUUUUGCAGAACUUAAUGAAUUCUUUACACGUGAAUUAGCUGAAGAAGGAUAUUCUGGUGUUGAAGUUAGAGUAACACCCGCAAGAACUGAAAUAAUUAUUCGUGCAACUCAUACACAAGAUGUACUUGGUGAGAAAGGUCGUAGAAUUCGUGAAUUGACAGCCUUGAUUCAGAAAAGAUUUAAAUUUCCUGAAAACACUGUUGAAUUGUAUGCAGAAAAGGUGCAAAAUCGUGGUCUUUGUGCCAUUGCACAAUGUGAAUCUCUUCGAUAUAAAUUAUUGGCAGGACUUGCUGUUAGAAGGGCUUGUUAUGGUGUACUUCGCUUUAUCAUGGAAUCUGGUGCUAAAGGUUGUGAAGUAGUUGUAUCAGGAAAAUUAAGAGCUGCUCGUGCCAAAUCAAUGAAAUUUGUUGAUGGAUUUAUGAUUCAUUCCGGUCAACCAAUACGUGAUUAUGUUGAUACAGCAGUUCGUCAUGUUAUGUUAAGGCAAGGUGUUUUAGGCAUUAAAGUAAAAAUUAUGAAAGCUAGUGAUCCGACUGGAAAAAAUGGUCCAAAAACUGAUUUACCUGAUAUUGUUACCGUUUCGGAACCCAAAGAUGAACCAAUCAUCACACAGCCUACUUCUGAGGAUUUCCAAAAAUCAGCAAUACCACCUCCUGAUGUUGUAGCUGUUUCACAAUCACCACCUAUUGCUCCUGCAGACUGUUGA